AUGGAUGACCUGCUUUCUCCUUUCGACCAGGUGAAAAAAAUGGAAGUUGCAGUAGCAGAGGAGCCCCAAAAGAAAGUGUUUCGAGCUCGAAAAACGAUGAAAAUCAGUGAUCGGCAGCAGCUGGAAUUCUUGCAUAAUUCCCUUCCUUCCUCUUCGACUGUUACUACAAGCAGCACCUCCCAUCCCUCACCUCCUCUGGUGAAUGGGAACCAUAGAGGGGAAGAUCACCCAGACUCCGAGAAAGAUGGACAGAGUCCCACCGACAGCGGCCAAAAGACGAGUCAUGUUGCCUUCCCCACGUCUCGCUCCCCCUCUCCCCUAGCACUCUCGCUCUCUCUGUCCCCCUCCCCACCCUGCCGUUCUUCAGAGACGAAGGCCCCGUCUCCCUCGACCUCAACUCCACCACGGUCACCAAAAGGUGGAGAGAAAGAGGAGCAGCAUAAGGAGGCGUCCGCUGUUAGCGAAAAUGGAAAGAGAGUUGAGAAGACUGAAAAGGAGGAGCUAAAGAAGGAAGUAGAAGUGGCUACAUCACUUAACAAAAAGAAGAAUGGCCAUACCAAGCCUGGUAAACCAUCUAAGGGUCCUUAUGUAGGCCUCACAGAUUCAACUCGGAAGACACGAGAGAAACAAACCACAAAGGACAAAAAAUUGUCCAAGAAGCCCAUGGCUACCGAACCCCCCUUGGCAACAGAUCCUCUUGAAGAUGAUAAAACUACCGGCCUCCCUUUGAACACCCCCUCACCAUCUUCAUCUCACACACCUGAGCCUGAUCAGGAGGUGAAGGAGGGAUUUCUGGUCCUUAGUGAAGAGGAUGAAAACCAAGCAGAAAGGGAUGAAACCAAAGAGAAGGAAGCGACUGAAGAACAACAAAAAGUGGAGGAAAUGAAGGUGGAGACUGAGACGAGUGGCUCAGGACAGAGUAGUGCUGCUCCCCAUGUUUCCACCUCCUCUCCUACACCGUUGACUUCAGGUGAGGACUGUGAAGGAGUCCGGGUAGGAUUGAAGCGCGUCUUGUCCAAAGGCACGUCAACAGAUGGAAAGCUGGAUGUGGUAGAAAGAGGAGGCAAGAGGCAGAAGGUUGAUGGCGAAGAACUUGAGGCCCAGCUGGAGCUGAAAAUCAGCGCAGAUGCCGGCCGCCGACUAAAGCUUGAGAAGGUGGUGCAGCAGCUCGUAGAGGAACAGCUUCGAGUCUUGCAGCUCACUGUUUUUGACAGAAGCCUGCAGGAGCUCAGGGAGAGGGUAGAGAAGAUGGACUGUGUCACGAAGCAUCAGCACACUCUCAACACACUGCAGGCCAAAAUUGCUCGACUGGCCAAGAAAUUUGGAGCUGCCAAUCAAACCAAAGAGAGCGUCAAAAAACCUGAGGUCUCAUCCACUGCCCCCACUGCUUCCACUCCGUCCGUUUCCACAUCAAGUGCCACUCCCGUGUCACGCAGCCCAAGCAGGACAACUGCGGAGUCCAGACAGGCAGCUCCGAAUCAGCCUGUGAAUUCUGUCAGCUCCACAGCCUGUCUAAAUGAGUCCAAGUCCCUCUCAACCACACACCUACUCGUCUCCAGUGCAACAGUUCCAGCACCUGUCGUCUCACUCAUCACAACAUCGGCACCCUCCAGCGCUGCUCCAUCUGCCUCUAACUCGGCAACCAUCACUUCCCAAAACCAGCCUGGAGCACUGAUGCUGAAAGCCGCUCCAGCAAGCGGGAUCAUACCCCAAAGUACCCCUGGAUCUGCACCCCAAGCAGUUCCCCUGCAGCCCCUGCUCAUACAACUCCCCCUGACAGUCACUAAUGCCCAGGGCGGGACCAUGGUGGCCAACCACAGCACUGGUGUAGAACUCUUCCCUGUCACGUCCCUGGCAGCGGUGAGCACCAGCAAAACAAAGACGACCACGACUUUCAUUCUCCAGAAGGCUGCCCCGCUCACCUCUGUGCCGCCCCUGACCCCGAUACCGUCCAUCGCAGUGGCCCGGGCCGUUCCGCCCGGGGGGAGUGGAAUCGUGAGCACGCCAGCCUCUGGUGUGUCCGUCUCCUCCGCGCGCGCGCCUACACAGGCCAUCUCCGUGGUGGGGGUGACCUCGUCGUCGUUUGCGUCCUCUGGGCCAGCCGCCACCGGAGGUCAGUCUACUGGGUCAGCUGCUUCGGGGCCGACGAUGGCCUCAAAAACAGAUAAUCAGCCCUCCAGCUCCAGCGCAAAGACACCUAUUCAGGCAUCUCGCACCAACAGCUCGGGGGCAGUGAUAGACCUGACCGAGGACGACGAUGAUGUACAAGUGACGGGGGUGCAGAAGGGUGCUGUUCCAUCCAGCCCAGCUGUGUCGUCGUCCUCAUCAUCCUCAUCUUCCUUCUCGGUUUCUCAGCGACCAGUCGGGGCUCCUCCCCCACUCAUCAGUGCCAACAACAUGCACGCCUCCCCCACUGGGGGUUUGCUGCGCUCCUCUCCUCAGACGGGCCAGCUUUCUGUAGGGGGCUCGCAGGUGGCUGUUCUCCAGCGCACCCUACAGGCUCGCCUUGGUAACGCCAGCUCCACGGCAGCCCCCUCCCCUGUGAGCAGCUCUAACCCGCAGCCCUGCCCCCUGCCCCCCUUGCCGUCGCCGCCCCCGCUGCUGGCCCGCCUGCCUCCUGAGGCCCUGCACACCUCUCCUCCGCAGCAGCCGCAGCUGAAGCUGGCGCGCGUGCAGAGCCAGAACGGCAUCGUGUUGUCGUGGUGCGUGGCCGAGACGGACCGCAGCUGUGCCGCGGUGGACAGCUACCACCUGUACGCCUACCACCAGGACGGGGCCGCCCUGGCCGGCGGGCUGUCCCCGGCCUCGCACUGGAAGAAGAUCGGCGAGGUGAAGGCGCUGCCCCUACCCAUGGCCUGCACGCUCACCCAGUUCGUCUCCGGCUCCACGUACUACUUCGCUGUCCGCGCCCGAGACGUCUAUGGCCGCUUCGGCCCGUUCUGCGACCCCCAGUGCACCGACGUCAUUGGUUCUUCUUCGUCCAGCUAAAUGACUCUAUGGGAGCAUCAGGGAGGAGUUUCUGUGCCUGGAUGUUGGGGGGGUUUGGGGGUUUCUUUAAUAAUUCAAGGCAAAGACAUGCAGGACAGUCAAAGGGCAUUCUGCAGGUUCGUUUGGUAUCCGACUACACGUUGGUCACCCGGAACCAUUCAGGAAGUGUUGAGGGGGUCCCAGUGUGCCGCUCUGAAAUUCGCACGCAGUGAACGCGUCUUAAUUCCAUUCAGUCACCGAUGCAGUUUCGCUUGUCUCCUAUGUUUUAUAAAUAAAUGUUUUGAACAUUUGUAAAAAGCAUUACCGGGAUUGCACAGAAAUGCUCCACUACAGUAUGUUCUAAUUAGAAACUAAAUGUAUAAAGGUGUUAAUUUUUUUAUUUUUUGUCUGGUAACCAGACUUUAUAGGACUGAAAAUGAAAAUAAAGAUAUUUAAAGAAUA